AUGGAGUGGAAUGGCCAUCCUGAGCUUCUACACUGGGCCACCCUCCCUUCCCGCCUCCUCUCUGCUCUCCUCCACAAGCUCCUGUAUGAGGAGGAAGAGGUGCAGCGAGAUGACUUCUCGGAUGGCCAGCAAGCCCCCGAUGAGAAUGUCAGAUCAAAAGCUUCAAUGCCCUUUUUAGGCUUCUUCCUGAUCUGGGCACUGACUGAAGCUCUGGUACUUGCUGUCCAGGAUUCAUCUUCCAGGGAAUCUCUUCAGGUCCUCCCCUCAGCCACGACUCCAGGCGCCAUGGUGACAACACCCCCCAGCUCUACCAGACGCUCAUCCACGGUGGAUCUCCCUGUCUCUGUAGCGAUUCUGACAUACCAUGAUGAUGGACCCCCCUCACAGGCCACAGCACCCACAGCAACAACACCGCUGCCACAUUCAGUCAGACAUCCUUCUACAAACCCCAUCCCUUCCAUCACGGUGACAGAAACCAGCCCUCAUUCUGAAGGCCCCCUGCACAACAGGCCCCCUCCUGCUGUCAUGGCAACCACAUCCUCCCACUCAGAGGGCCACCCCCCAGAGGAGGUCACACCCACCAUCUUGCUGACAAAACCAAUAGGCGCCACCAACCCUCCCACCACAGCACCCAUCCGGUCUACCACACGCCGCCCCCCAAGACCACCAGGUUCUUCCCGAAAGGGAGCUGGUGGUUCUUCACGAUCUGCCCCACCUGCCUCCAGUGGCCACUUGGGGAGGAAAGAAAACCAGCGAGGGCGAAAUCAGAGCUCCACACACGUGGGGCAGAAGCGACCCCUGGGGAAAAUCUUUCAGAUCUACAAGGGCAACUUCACAGGGUCUGUAGAACCAGAUCCCUUGGCCCUCACUCCCAGGAACCCACUGCAGGGUUACUCGUCUUCACCAAAGGCCCACACCGGGGCCGCAACCACAGCACCCAGCAGUACCUCGUGGGCUUCUUCCGCCACCCCACUGGUGCUUGCAGGGAACAAACCAGGCCUUAGUAGAACAGGCCAGGGGGGUGGUCCCACCAUCACCAGCCAAGAAGGGGAGCUGAAUGCCACAACAGCCUCAGGUGCCCCUACUAGUCCACAACCUGCCCCAGUGCCUUCUCAGCAUCCCCUUGGUGACCCGCAAGACAGCCCCAGCCACUCCUGGCUUACUGUCACCUCUGGCACCAACAGACCUCUCUCUGCCAGCUUUGGGGUCUUCACAGCCACCAGGGGGCCCACCCAGGCUGCCUUCGAUGCCAGUGUCUCAGCCCCUUCCAAGGGGCUUCCUCAGGGAGCAUCUACAAGCCCACUGGUCCCCACAGGGCCCCCAGUGGUCUCAGAAAGCACUGUUUCCCAAGCUGAGGAGGAAGCUGCAGCCACCUCCUCCCUGACCAGCAGAAUGCCCAGUCCUCUCUCCACAGUGGUGUCCACAGCCACAGGGAACUUCCUCAACCGCCUGGUCCCCGCUGGGACCUGGAACUCUGCAACAGUAGGGAACAUCUCCCAUGUGGCUGAAGGGAACAAACCGCAGCACAGAGCCACCAUCUGCCUGAGCAAGGUGGACAUCAUCUGGAUGCUCUUGGCCAUCAGCGUGCCCAUCUCCUCCUGCUCGGUCUUGCUGACAGUAUGCUGCAUGCGGAGGAAGAAGAAGACCGCCAACCCGGAGAACAACCUGAGCUACUGGAACAACGCCAUCACCAUGGACUACUUCAGCAAACAUGCUGUGGAAUUACCAAGGGAGAUCCAGUCCCUUGAAACCUCUGAGGACCAGCUCUCAGAGCCACGCUCCCCAGCCAACGGUGACUACAGGGAUACUGGGAUGGUCCUGGUGAACCCCUUCUGUCAAGAAACACUGUUUGUGGGAAACGAUCAAGUAUCUGAGAUCUAA